AUGUUCUCCGUAACCGAGUUCGCCGAUCUGAAAGAACGAGUAACGCUUAAAAUGGAUAUUCAUCACUCGAUUCACUCGCACAUUAUCGGAAAAGCAGGUCGCGGCAUUCAACAAGUGAUGCGAUCCACCGGCUGCCACAUUCAUUUCCCAGAUUCCAACAAGUACACUGAUUCUACGAACAAAAGCGAUCAGGUUUCAAUAUCAGGCCCUCCGUUGAGCGUUGAAGCGGCUCGCAAGCUUUUGAGGGCAGUUUCACCCAUCGUCCUCACUUUCGAUUUACCUUGGAUUCAACGAAAAGAACCAGAAAUCCGGGAGAUUCCUCAGGAGGUAACGUAG